AUGAACAAUCACCAAUUCUCUGCAUCGCCCAUGGGCGCUAUGGUCAACUUGACCACCAGCUCGCUUGACUUUGCCCUGUCCCACCAAGACAAAAAGAGCGCGGGUCUUCGCUCCCGACAGAGCUUGCUCGACUUUGGCAGCAAUAUCAACACCAACAGCAGCAACGGCAACACCAACAGCAAUAACCUGGACGCCCCAUUCGGUCCAACCCCCGAGAUUGCCACCUCACUGUUCGACGACUGGCUCUCGAGCGACCUCCAGCAGGCUGGAUUUGUGGUCCCGACCGAGUACGACGACUCAUCCUCCUCCGAUUCUGAAUCUUCUUCGGCCUCGCCCGCCUCGUCGCACCAGCACAGCCACAGCCCUAUCCUCCUCCCCACCAAGAAGGAGGAAGACUCACCUGUCGUCGGAUUCGCCUCUUUGGACAGGGACCUUCUCAUCCAAUCUCCUCGUGGUAGCAGUGGCCAAGGAAUUGACUCGACAAUGUCGUUCUUCCCAGACUUGACGCAGACCACAUAUGGACGGGCGUUGGCUCUUUCCACCAACCUUGCUGCCCUCGCUCAACAAAAUCAACAGCAGCAGCAACAGCAACAACAACAACAGCCACAACAACAGCAACAGCAACAGCAACAGCAACAGCAGCAGCAGUCGAUGAAUCUAUUGGGCAUGACCUCAUUUGCGGGUUUGACACCCGAGGCUGUCCAGCAGGCUGCCGCGGCAUUGAACAUUCCUUGGAGCAAGUCGCUCGAACAGGCUGUCCUCGCCCAGUCCCUACUCGCCUCCUUUGCUGCUGCUGCUUCUUCCUCCUCCUCCUCCUCCCCCAACGACAUCACAACACCCCUUCUCCGUCAACAACAACAGCCUCUGGCACCAUUGAUGCCCAAGCAAGGAGCAAGCAUGACAGUGUCGCACGAUCUCGCCAUGGACAUCUCCCCUCCCGGCACGCCCCUCAUGCCAACCAUGUCUAUGACAAUGUCCAGCCCCAGUCCCAAGACCCCGACCAUGUCCUCCUUCUCCUCCGAACGCGCCUCUUCCGUCAUCAGCUCCCCUCCAUCCCACCACCAUCCUACCUUGGCCCCCGCAACAACGACUACCCCAAGACUGUCGAUCCUAAGCAGCACUCAAUCCAGCCUUUCCCUCCCGGGUGCUUCCUCCCCCGUCAUCAAAGCCACGACUUACAAGAGCACCUACCGCUCCGCCUCCCUCUCAUACUCUAAACGUGACCGCCCCGAGUUCGAAGAACCCCCUUCCGUCCUCGAUGGCAAGGACCUCUCAGAGAUGGACGAAGUCUCCCUCAAGCGCGCCAAAAACACCGACGCUGCCCGCAGAUCCCGCCACAAGAAACUGAUCAAAAUGGAGAGUCUUGAACAGCGGGUUGCAGAACUUGAAGUCGAGAACUCGAUGUUUGAGAGCAAGUUGAAUGAAGUCGAGUUGGAACGGAGUCUGUUGGCGGAUAAGGAUUGUAUGCAGCAGGCGCGGAUCCAGGAGUUGGAACAGCAGCUUCUUUUGGCUGCCUCGGUUACCGGGCAGCAGCAGCAUCAACAUCAUUACUAG